UAAGAUUUCCUGAGUUUUCAUUUAUAAAAACAGAUGAAUUUCAUGAAUUAGACAUUAGACUAUCAAUGGAAGGCCUCAAAAUACCUUUCUUGUUUUCCUCUUUAUUUUCCAUUUUAACAAUCUCCAACGCAGCAGACACCAUAACCAAAACCCAAUCCAUUACAGGCCGCAAUACCAUUGUUUCAUCUGGUGGAAGCUUUGAGAUGGGUUUUUUCAGCCCUGGCAAUUCCCAGAAUACAUGCUUGGGAAUAUGGUACAAGAAAAUUUCUGUUAGGACCGUUGUAUGGGUUGCCAAUAGAGAAAUUCCACUUGUCAAUUUCUCAGGCAUCUUAACAGUACUUGACCCUGGAAUUCUUUCCCUUGUCAAUGGUACUAACAGUGUCAUUUGGUCUCCCAAUGUAACAGGAUCCACACAGGACCCUGUUGCACAACUUAUGGAGUCAGGAAAUCUUGUUGUGAAAGAUGCAAAUGAUAAUAUUUUGUGGGAAAACUUUGAUUAUCCAUGUGAUACUCCUUUACCAGGCAUGAAGCUUGGCAAGAACAUUGUAAUGGGCCUUGAGUGUCACCUCUCUUCCUGGAAGAGCAGCGAUGAUCCAGCUCAACGCAUGAAGCUUGGCAAGAACUUUGUAAUGGGCCUUGAGCGUCACCUCUCUUCCUGGAAGAGCAGCGAUGAUCCAGCUCAACGAAAUUUGAUGAACAACUUUGAAAAAGGUAGCACUGACAAAAGCCAGACAGAAGAUUUAGAGUUACCAUUGUUUGACUUAGCUGUAAUAGCUAAUUCCACUAGUAACUUUUCAAUCAACAAUAAGCUUGGAGAGGGUGGAUUCGGACGUGUUUACAAGGGUAUGCUAGAAGGAGAACAAGAAAUAACUGUGAAGCGGCUAUCAAAGAAUUCUAGCCAAGGGCUUGACGAGUUCAAGAAUGAAGUUAUUUGUAUUGCCAAACUUCAGCACCGAAAUCUCGUGAAGCUUAUAGGAUGUUGCAUUCAAGGAGAAGAAAAGAUGUUGAUCUAUGAAUACAUGCCCAACAAAAGUAUGGACUACUUUAUUUUUGAUCAAACCCGAAGCACAUUACUGGAUUGGCCAAAGCGCUUCCACAUUAUGAAUGGGAUUUCUCGGGGUCUUCUUUAUCUUCAUCAAGAUUCCAGGCAGAGAAUUAUUCACAGAGAUCUUAAAGCAAGCAAUAUUUUGCUGGAUAUUGACAUGAACCCAAAGAUAUCAGAGUUUGGAAUGGCUCGAAGUUUUCGGGGAAAUGAGACUGAAGCAAAUACAAACAAAGUGGUUAGAACAUAUGGCUACAUGUCUCCAGAGUAUGCAGUGGAUGUGUUGUUUUCAGUAAAAUUAGAUGUAUUCAGCUUUGGCGUUUUGGUGUUAGAGAUCAUGAGUAGGAAGAAAAACAGAGGUUUCUAUCAUCCAGAUCACCACCUCAACCUCCUUGGCCAUGCAUGGAGACUCUACAAAGAAGGUAGGUCAUUGGAAUUGAUUGAUGAGGCUCUGUGGGACUCAUGCUACCUAACUGAAGUGUUGCAAUCAAUCCACGAGGGUCUUUUAUGUGUGCAACAAUCUCCACAGGAUAGGCCAAGCAUGUUAUCUGUGGUUCUGAUGCUAGGUGGUAAACGUACAUUGCCUCACGCCAAACAACCUGGCUUCUUCACCAAAAGGAAUGUUCUUGAGGCUGCUAGUUCGUCAAGCAAGGAAGCAACAGGUCCAGUCGACAAAAUCACCAUUACUCUGUUGAAUGCUCGAUAGAAACAUACACUGUAUUCAUGCAAAUUAUAUGCCCCAAAACCUGUUUAAAAAAAAUGAAAAUCUUCACUAUUGUAAAAGACUACGGCAUUUCUUUUCGUCUACUGGGUUAAGUUUUAUAAACCAGUUCCUCUUUUUGGAGUU